GCCAACACCAUCGCCAAGCUUUUUAAGGCUUCGUCUCGAGUCGAGGAGAUCUCGCUCGAGGGAAGAAGGGAGGGUAGCGCGUAAUGGCGACCGGAUCGCUCUUGUGGCUCAGACACAGUGGUUGCUUCCUGGCGGCCGCGCCCCUCAAGUGCUCGCCAGCUCCGAGAACUGCCGUUUCUCCUCCUGUCGUCGUAGUUUCGGGUCACCGGAAUCACCAGUGCGACUGUAGCGUCAGGUUUCUCUGCCCCAAAUCGGUGAUUCCGAUUAAAAAGGAGGCGACGGUGCGGCGAGACACCAUAGCGAGGUCGGAGGUCUCUGCUGUUGGUCCCGUUGGUGACUCGUCAAGCUCCGCGUCAGAAUUUCAAUUGGUUUCACAAGUCAGGGCGGUUUUGUUUUACUCUGUUACGGCUGUGGCUGCAAUUUUUCUAUUUGCUACUAUGGCGGUGGUGCACCCAUUAGUCCUCCUAUUUGAUCGGCAUCAACGCAGAUUUCAUCACUGGAUUGCGAAGAUCUGGGCAACACUGACUAUAAUUCCUUUUUAUAAGUUUGAAUUUGAGGGGAUGGAGAACUUACCUCUUCAAGAUGCUCCAACUGUGUAUGUUUCCAAUCAUCAGAGCUUCUUGGAUAUAUACACUCUUCUGACCAUUGGGAGGAGCUUCAAAUUUAUAAGCAAAAGAAGCAUUUUUCUUUUCCCAAUUAUUGGAUGGGCGAUGUAUCUCAUUGGUGUAAUUCCUAUUGCCAGAACUGAUAGCAGGAGCCAGCUGGAUUGUCUUAAGCGGUGUAUGGAUUUCAUUAAGAAGGGGGCAUCUGUUUUUUUCUUCCCGGAGGGAACCAGGAGUAAAGAUGGAAAGCUAGGCACUUUCAAGAAAGGAGCAUUUAGUGUUGCUACGAAGACUGGUGUUCCUGUUUUGCCUAUAACAAUUAUGGGGACAGGUAAGAUUAUGCCUCCAGGAAGGGAAGGUAUAAUAAAUUCAGGAGCUGUGAAAGUCGUGAUACACAAGCCUCUAGAUGGAAAAGAUGCAGAGAAGCUUUGUAGUGAAUCUAGAGACAUAAUUGCUCAAACACUCUUGCUUCAUGGUUAUGGUGUACAUUAAAUUAACUGGGCACUGCAAUUUUGGGCAUCUCAUAGUAUGUUUUGACCUGUGAAGUUCUUCAGGAGCAGACUUUUCUAACUUGAUACAAGGGGAAGAUGAGGAGAUAACAACCUGUUAUUGCGUAGAAGACUACCGGUUUACGAGAGAGUUUGACUAGCAGAUAAGUUGAACCAGAAAGUUGAAGUAAAAAUUGUUUGUUCUUUUUUUUUUUUAACUCUCUUCUGGAAAUAAAGAUUUGGAAAGCUGUAUGAAAUUGAUAUUUCUAACGUCAAGAGCCAAGCAAUAAUAAAGUAUUUAUUUUCUGCUGA